AUGAUUGAUACCCCCCCUCACAAUGAGUGGCACUCAUCUGCCAUGUUCCUCUUCAUCACCUCCUUUAUCUUGUCUGAAGACUUAUCUACAUGUGUGCAGAAGAGGAAUGAACGAUUCCUUCUCCCCGAUGAUGAACCAUUGAAUGAAAGUCUCUUUGUAAGUAAAGAUGCUAAACGGGUGCAGCAGGGAGGAGGUACCCCGGGUGAGGACAAAGACGAGAACGAUCAGGGGGCAGACACAAAUGCUGAGCCGGAGGAAAACACAAACAGCUACUUCAUGCAAUUAAUGAAGAGCAGACUUAAGAACCCACUUUCUAUUCUCACCGGAUUCACCAAGAAGGAUCCUGAAAAAGAGGAACAGCAACCAAGUCCAUUAAAAGACGAAACAGAUGAUGCAGCCAAACUUCCACACGGGGAAGACUCAUCAGGAAAGGAAGAAAACACAAACGGGUUCAUACAUGCAGAUGCAGGAAUGAGAAAAGAUCAUUUCGAUUAUAAGUACUAUCUCCUAAAUCUAAUGCUUAUGCAAAAUAGAACCCAAGAGAAGAAACUCCUGUUGAAUAAUUGCGACUUGAUAGACCAAGUGGACUUGUCCUCCACCAACCUCUUCAUGCUUAACAGUUACCGUAUCACGUCGGAAGAUUCUGUUAGCCUCUACUGA